AUGACGGACCUCUCGCAGCUCCUGCCUGACUUUCCUGUCAGGCAAUUUGCUGGACUCGUGCAGACUCUCGAAAGACACCAGAUAUCAACCACCGAGCUCCUGACCUUGGAUGUUGUUGACAUCGGCAAGCGUACGCAGUUGCCGCUUCUUGACGUCAAGAGGCUAUGUGCAGCUGUCGUCGACGCCCUUCAUCGCAACUUUGGUCCCCCACACCUUGAUUCGGACGAGAGCCCGCCUCUCAAGCGAUCGCUCACAGACCUGCAAAAUCAAUGGUCUACUAUCAGCACUCUCGACGAUGACCUAGACAGAGCGCUGGGAGGAGGGGUGCCAACCGGAUACGUGACCGAGAUCACGGGAGAGAGUGGUGCUGGGAAAACGCAAUUCUUGCUCUCUCUGCUACUCGCUGUUCAGCUACCCCCUCCUUAUGGUCUUGGUCGGCCCGCCUUGUACAUCACUACAGAGGCUCAGUUGUCCACCAGACGACUGUCACAAAUGAUGUCAGCAAACCCGCGACUCAAAGAUCUUCCCGAUGAUGAGAGACCUUCUUUCGACGGCAUCUCAAGCACAUCGACCCCUGAUCUCGAAUCACAAGAGCACAUCCUCCAGUUCCAAGUCCCAGUCGAAGUUGAGCGACGCAACAUCGGCCUCAUCGUUCUCGAUUCCGUUGCUUCCAACUACCGAGCUGAGUUUGAGCGCGGUGCUAUGGGCAACCAGGGAUCAAACAUGGGAGCUCGAAGUCACGAGUUGACACGGCUGGGUGCCUUGCUUAGAGAGCUGGCUCAAAAGUACAGCCUGGCUGUCGUGGUAUCCAACCAGGUUGCGGAUCGGUUCUCCAGCCCACUUGCGGUCUCCAGAAUGCCGCCGCCUAGUACCAACGUAAGGUUCACUCAAGAGAGCCCACUGGCGUCAAGGAGUAGAGGCCCGCCGCCAGACUUUUCACUAUCCGCUGUCGAGCCGCCGUCGUCUAUGGCGGAGCAGUUGCGGUCUAGCAUUCCAGAACCUCCCGGAUUCGAUGAUGUCGGACCCCCGGCCCUGCCCGCGCUGGCAUUGGAUCAUCAGCAACGGUGGUUUACAGGAUGGGGUGACGACCCUCUUGCCGAUUACGGCCUCAAGACGCCAAGUCUGGGACUGGUCUGGUCGACGCAGAUCGCCUGCCGCAUUGCGCUAUUCAAGAAACCCGUCUACGGAGUUCAUCGACAUGUGGACGAUGAAGCUGAGGAUGGAGGGGUGCCAGCGCUCAAGAACUGGCGUCGGUGGAUGAAGGUGGUCUUCGCUCCGCAUGCCAAGGCGACAGGACAGGGAUUGGACGGCGCCGUUGAAUUCGCGGUGACGAUGGCAGGGUUGAAGGCUGUCACAAAAAAGACGAAAGCCGAUGGCUUGCCCGUUAUCGCUAAGGAGUCACGAUGA